CAGACACCCGUAUUAAUGCUAGGCAAUCAAACUGCUGAUAUUUUUAUUGAGGAAGGCUUAAAUGCCAUAUGGCAUGUCAUCCAAACGAAUGUGUAACAGGCAUUACGGCAUGCCUACCACAUGUUUGUGCAAACAAUUUCCAAGUCAAUUUCUUUUCUGCAGAGCCAUGUUCAGAAGUUUCAGGCCCCUGGUAUGGUAGGAUCAGUCAGUGUUGUGGAAUUUUGGUUGCUAACUUUGUGUUCAUUGCCGAAUUGGUACAGGGAUGUUUGUGUGCAGUUUUUACUCGACAACCUAAUCAAAAUUGCAGUAAGAGUCGAGGGAAGCCUUUCAAUGAUACAGACUCACCUCAUAGAAGCCUACCGGGUGCUACUCAAAGAAACUGGCAGUCAAGGUGUUCUUGCUUCUAUUGUCUCUUGGGUGACUUCCAGCAGCAACGCUCCGCCUGUCCUGUGGGAUAUUAAGGUGAGAUAACGUUACACAUAAAAGGGAUUCAGUGUUUCAGCCAGAAAAUUUUACUUGAGGGCCAAAGUGGCCCCUGAACAUCUUUUUUUGGGGCCAAUUUUUUAGGAAAGGGGCCAAUAAACUGAAAGCUACAGAGGGAAAAAAUGCAUUAGAGUACCAAGGAAAAUAAAGCAGUUUAUUAGGAUCUAUGAUAAAGUUUUAUAGUAAGUGCUUUUUGAAGUGU